AGCCUCCAGCUGCUCCUGUGACCAGUGCUCCUCUUGAACAUAGAACCAAUAUCCUUCAGUCUGCAGGCGUGUAUGAGGUAGAGCUGAACUGGCAAGGAGAAUCAGAGCUACACAAGUUCAAGCAACAUUGCCAGAAACAUCCAAAACAUGAACAGUUUAUACCUGUUUCUGAAUUUGCUGAAAAACAUCUUCCAGCUUUGUACAAACAUAAUUUAAUUAUCGACCUUGUAAAUUGCCUUUCAACCUUGACAGUACGACUUCGAGUUGACAAGAUCAGUCUCUUUCGACCAGAACCUCCAUACCCGCCAAAUCCUCGGUUCGAUAAUUUUGGUACCGACUGUUCUAUCAAUGGGACAGGUCAUGUUAGUAGUACUGUGUUAUGUUUAAGCGGGGCAGAUAAUUCAGAAGGGGCAGAUAACCGUUGUGCUUGUGCCGAAUGCCUGGAAUCUGGCAUUCCUGUGCAAAGAUUUGGUAAAAUUUUUAUUCAGACUGCCGCCCAUGUGGUGCAUGAUGACACCGAGGCUGCUAACACGACAUGCUUUUUUAAUUAUGUAAAUGAUAAUGAUGGCCUGGAUACUAUCAUUAAGAUCCAAGGGGCGAAAGGGGUGCAGACUGACGUGACUGAAGACCGAUGUUGGAUGUUUUGUUACACCCAUGACAUUUCUUUGGUAAAGAAACUAAAGAAUAUGACAGAGAAAUAUCAAAACUUGCGAAAAGAAGUCAGUGAAAAAUACUGUGUGAACUGGUCGGACGAACCUGAGGAGAAACUAACAAUUAUUGUCUCACAUCCACAUGGGUGCAGCAAGUAUGUUACCAUAGGCAAUAUGGAAGGUAGGCUGGCUGCACAAGAUGAUGAGGACUGGACUCAGUACACCUACACAACUCCCACAUGUCCUGGUUCUAGUGGUGCUCCGAUCUUCAUGCUGGGCAAACAUGGCUACCUGGACAACCACCACCACAGUGGUACUGUCCCCGACUCUGGACUCAAUGUCAGCACUUUUGGAUUGUUCUAA